UGGAUCAGUCUCAGAAAGAUCGUCAAUCGGCGCAGUCAUAAAGUUGCGCGUUAUCCUGGAAGUGUUGGCGUUGUUUACCCUAGCUGUGCUCUCAUAAGGUGUAAACAAAACCCUCGAGUCGCGGACCGUGUCGCUGUUGUUACUAAUGAUACAAGACUUGUGUCGUGCCGGCGAAGAAAAUUAAGGAACCCGAGUACAUAGAGCGUUGCAAGUGAGUGGUUGGGUGAAAUUUGUAAAAUCAUCAUCACAUAGUGUUUGAGAGGCAUUGUGAAAAUUAAAAGGCACGAAGAAAAAAUCAUCCGACUGUAAGGAAAUGCGCACUUUGCGUGUGAAUUUUUUUUCUGAAAUCUGAUCGUCGUUGAAAUUGUCUAAGGCCAAUUGUGUUUUUGUUUUGAUUCAACCCAAAUGAUAAGAUUCUAUCGACCACACAAACCAAACAUGGACACAAAAUCGUUACGGUUGGGUUUGGCUUUCGUACUUGUGUUACUGGGACUGCAGCCACUGCUAGAGCUGGUCGGAGUGAACGGUGGACCAACGUCGGAUGCUGCAAACGUCGGUUGGAUUGAACUGUCUGAAAUCCUCAAAUUUCCGAAGUUACAUGUCUAUGAUGAUUUCGAGGAUUGUAGGAUGGCACACCCAAGGAACUACGCCUACUGUCUGGUCCACGCGUACAUCACACCAGAUGAGUCAUCGGAACUUUGGCGAAACAUUAGCACGUUCAACAGUGAUCCAACAAAUUACGACCACACCAAACUUGAGUAUGGCGUCUGCAUUCAAUCUUUGGAAAGUGUUUCUCAGUCCGUUGGGAACGAUCCCGGCAAAGGAUCGUAUGCUCAGCUAGCGCAUGCAUAUAUUAGUGGUACAAUCCAAGCCAAAUACAAUCUUGGAAUCAAUCAACACGUGGACAUCUACCACUGCUACACCAAGGAGAGUGAAAAUCCAUCAGUGGAUCUGCUGGAAGGUAGCUUCUACGUGUUUCUACUGCUGGUAUUGAUCGUAACCGUUUCAUCGACCGCAUACGACGUGAAGGAGUUAGUCCGCCAGAAAUACCCGGACGAUUAUUUUUCCCAACCACGCAAAACCCAACUGGAACGACUAAUGGCAGCGUUUUCGGUUCCCCGAAACAUCCGACAGCUGAAGCCGUCUGUCGAGGGUAAAAUUCGACAAGAUUUGCAGUUCCUGGAGGCUUUCCGGGUCGUCCACAUGCUUCGAGUGAUUCUACUGCACGUGGGUCUCGGUGUCAUGAAGAUGCCCACCACCAGCUCGGCUUUCGGUGAAAAUUUUUUGCAUACUUCUGCCGGUAUGUUCAUCACAGCGGAAUUCGUCACCUACGUUCAGACCUUCCUCUCCAUCUCGGGGAUGCUGAUGGCGGUCAACUUCUUGGAACACAUCAGGAAAAAUCCAACCUUCAAUAGGUCUAUAUUUUGGGAGAAACUGCGGGGCCGAUUAUACAGGAUCCUGCCAGCGUAUGCAUUCGUGAUUCUGAUGGCAACUUCCUUCCUCACGAGAGUCAUGGACGGUCCGAUCGGGCAGCAGUUUUUGGGGGAAGCGGAGCGCAACUGCCGACGCUGGUGGUGGGCAAAUUUACUCUUCAUAAACAACUACAUUCGAACCGAUCAACCGUGUAUGGUCCAAUCAUGGUACAUGGCAGCUGACAUGCAGCUUUUCAUUUACGGAGUGCUAAUGAUGAUGAUGAUAUGGCGCUGGCCGAGUGUGAAGAGGUACAUUUUCGGUGCGGCAUUCGCGGCUGCCGUAGUUAUACCAACCGUCAUCACCUACGUCUAUGACAUAGAACCAGCGGAGAUGAAUUCACUGAAACAUGCUCAUAACUACAAUCGCGAGAAUGCCUAUCAGUACGACAGCUACUUCCCGUUCCAUCAGAAUAUCGGCGCUUACUCGUUUGGAAUGCUCGCAGGCUUCAUCUACCACGAAUACCGACAUUCGCCAAAGGCCAUGCUUCAUUCAGGGGUAUUCUCGGGUUUGUUCCGAGCGUCAGCCGUUUUGUACUUCGGCUGUAUGACCUCGGUCUGUUGGAUUCUCGUGAACCGCCAGAGCAUCUCCCCGCUGCUGCUAGCGAUUUACUCGACCUUAUUCAGACAGAGUUGGGCACUGCUGACGACGUUUUUACAUUUGUUCUUUUCCCUCUGCACCAUGCAGGUGCUGUUCAAGAGAUUCAUGAGUCAUCCCUUUAUCGGUGUACUCGGGAAGUUGAGCUACAGUUUUUUCCUGAUUCAUUUCAUCGUGAUUUUGAUGGUCUUCGGGGGACUGAAGUCACCAGCAACCGCCACAAAUACGGUCUUCGUCUCAUUCUGCGGGCAGGUCUGCUUUUGGACGCUACUAAGCGGCGCCUUGCUGUCGGUUCUGAUCGAGCUCCCGAUGGCAGUCGCGCUUCUGGAACUGCUUGAGAGCCGAUCGGGUGGUGAUAACGGGCAGAAUAAACAGGGAUCGGUUGCGGAACAGCCAAAGGGAUAGUGAGAGGGGCUAUAACUAUAGGGAAUAUACUCGCGUACUCGCCAUAAUUGUGAUAGUAAAUAGUUGGUGGGCAGGAAGAACCAAGGGUACCAACGAAUAGUUAUAAGGUUGGUUAAGGUGCACCACACUAAAAACUAUGGUUGAUAUAUUCCGUGGUUGAAUCAAAUACUAGACUAGUUUUACGAUUUGAAAAGGCAAACAGUUUCAAUUAAGAAGAAUACCGGGUUUGUUGCAACUGUUAUUCGAGCAGUAUUUAUCAACAAGUUUUACAAAAAAAAAACCGUUGGUUGGUUUGGUGUUAUUAUUUUCCAACGUUCGAAAUAAAACGUUUGUGUGCGUAUUUUAUGUAUAUAUUAUUUUUAAAUAAAACCAAUAGUCGAUACCAUACGUCUGUAAUAUUUCCCAGAUCCACAUUCCAGAUGAGUUUCCAGAUGCAGGUACCAGGGCCGAGAUCCAGAAUAACUUUUCAAAUUUCAGUAUUUAUUCCAUGAUCAAUAAGACAUAGGUUGAACAAUUGCUUACCUGUAAGAAAAUUUUUAAAAAAUCGGGUUGUCUGAUGAUAUGUGGGUAAAAUGUUUAUUUAUAUUUAUUUUUCUUUAAAUUUCUUUUAUAAUGUAUUAAUUAACUUUCACUUAUAUGAUCAUAAUACGCUAAAUACACUUUUAUUAAUGCGUUUAACACCGGAUAUAAAAUGUACGAUUUUGGGGCUUCCGGUACAUUCUUGAACUUGUUGGUUUACGGUCGGCUAACAUUCGCCAUAGUCGUGAUCGAAUCGCUACGUAAAAGUCUGAAAGUGUUCAUGCAAACACAUGUGUAUUUACAUUACUUCGUUUGCGUGGUUUGAAUUUUUCAUUUUUCCAGGGUCGGAGCUGUUAGUAAUUUUUUGACGUAUAGUAAAUAAGAAAAUAGGAAAAUAGGUAAAUAAGAAAAUAGGAGAACAGGAAAAUAG